CCCCUUCCCCCUUCGGUUCCCCUCCCGUGAUUUAAAUUAUUAUUAAGGACCCCUAAUUUAUUUGUCCCUUCCUCGUCUACCCGCUAGCUUCCACGGCUCGAUUUCCUCCUUUGUUUCCACCACUACGUACGGCAAUAAAAUUCCGGCGCGAGCUCCGUCCGAUUCGCCUCCCGGUCGCCGCGCGGCGCUCACCCGGACCCACUAGUUCGUCCAGUCCGGCGAUCGCUCGGUGCGGAGUUUCUGGGUGGAUCGCCGGCGGAUUCGAUUCGAUUCGGGCCUCCGGCCAUGGAGCGCCGCGCGUUGCUCAAGACGGCUCUACUGGCGUGCUUGCUCGUCGUAUGCUCCGGGAGAGUACCUAUGGUUAUACAACAGCCAUCCACUACCAUAUACAACUCAACCCUUGCCAAGACACUAGUGGAAUAUGCUGCUGCCAUCUAUACUGCUGAUUUGACACAGUUGUUUACCUGGACAUGUGAUAGAUGCGGUGACCUGAUUGAGGGGUUUGAGAUGAUGGACAUCAUCGUAGAUGUGGAGAACUGCUUAGAGGCAUAUGUUGGUUUUGCUAGUGAUAUUAAUGCUGUCAUCGUUGUGUUUAGAGGAACUCAAGAAAACAGCAUCCAGAACUGGAUAGAGGACCUGUUAUGGAAACAACUUGAUCUUGAUUACCCUGGCAUGCCUGAAGCAAUGGUACACCGAGGAUUUUACUCUGCUUAUCAUAACACAACCAUACGCGAUGGAAUCGUCAGUGGUAUUCAAAAGACUCGGAAAUUGCAUGGAGAUGUUCCGAUCAUGGUCACAGGGCAUUCAAUGGGGGCAGCUAUGGCUUCAUUUUGUGCACUUGAUCUUGUUGUGAACUACGGGUUGGAUGAUGUGAAGCUGAUGACAUUUGGGCAACCUCGCGUCGGCAAUGCUGCUUUUGCUUCUUACUUCAAGAGAUACUUGCCUCACGCGAUCCGAGUUACUAAUGCAAACGAUAUCGUCCCUCAUCUGCCACCAUACUUCUCGUUCUUCCCUCAGAAGACCUACCAUCACUUUCCAAGAGAGGUAUGGGUCCAUGAUGUCGGGCUCGGGAGCCUGGUAUACACGGUUGAGCAGAUCUGCGACGACUCCGGCGAAGACCCGGCAUGCAGCAGGUCUGUGAGCGGUAACAGCAUUCAAGAUCACAUAACCUACCUGGGCGUGAGCAUGCACGCGGAGGCCUGGAGCAGCUGCAGGAUCGUCAUGGACUACGCCGAGCUGCGGUACAAGAUGGACCUCCAUGGAAACGUCGUCUUGUCGAAGCAGCAGCAGCAGCAGCAGCCCGGUCUGUCGGACCAGCGAAGAAGACACAGCGCCCAGUGAAACCAAUGUAAAAAAGUUCUGUAUUAUCAUAGUAGCACCACGCACGCAACCUAUCAUUCCCCUCUCUGCUUCAUUGUUUCUGCAUCCAGAGAGGGGAUAACACCACCACGCUCCACAGGAAGAUGCUUGCUGUAAAUGUUUGCUUGGUAAUGUGAAGCAUUUUCCAGUACAAAAUACCUCUGUUCCCUUUGCUCA